AUGGAACCGUGCAAGAAUCUGACAGUCGUCGAAGGCUCUCCCUUGUCAGAGAAAGACACAGAGCGUGCGUUUGCAGCAGCUGGUGUUCCUGUCGAUGCUGUCAUCAUAUUUCUCAACCCUUUACGUGCUUCCGAAAACCCAUGGGCAAGAUUCAUUGGUCCUCCCCGCUUGCUCGCCGACUCGACAACCAAUGCGGCUCAUAAAUUACGCGCACAGCAACCCUUGAAGGGAUCUAAGCCGCGUCUAGUCAUUAUGAAUGCUCUCGGUGUGGGGGAGAGUUACGGAGUCACUCCAUAUCUCGCUCGCCUCAUGAUGAACUACAGCAAUGUUGGCAAAACAUAUGAAGACCACAGCGCAGUCAAUGAUGAAAUCGAGGGGAACUGUGGUGAUGCGGUUUCGUGGACCCUUGCAUUAGCCGUGGGCCUCGCCGGUAAUGGUGUUGCACCCGUGAAUGCUUUUGCAUGCGAUGAGAGAGGAGCAAGCAUGUUUAUCACGCGUGAAAGCUGUGCAAGGUGGAUGGUGGACGUGGCAUCGGGAGACCUCGGGGAUCAAUUCAGCAACAAAAGAGUUAUUGUAUCCAAUUAA